UGACGUAGCGCUUUCUUUUCUGCUAGGUCUGCAGUACCGGACGGAGGUCGGCGGAGCUGCGGAGUUGCGGAGUUGCAGAGUCGCGGAGUUGCAGAGUCUGGUGCUUGGAGCUGUGGUUCUCGGCGCUUAGAGCUGCGGGUCUCGGCAAGAUUUCGCGCUGCCCUUCUGGGGCCGUUUCACUGAUAAUCAGUAGCGGGUCGCUUUGGCAAGAGCCGGGAGGAACAAAGGAAUCAGGAAGGAGACGCUCGGCCCCCGGCCGCUUUUCUCCGAGUGGCUUCUUCUUUCGCUUGCUCCUGACCGGAGAAGCUGGGUUUAUAAUCGUCACUGUAUUGAGCCGCCAUUUGCUUUCCUGCUUGCUUUCGCUCUGCAUUGUCCGGCAGCGGCAUCUAGAGGUUGGAACUUGGCAUUGCGGCUAACAUACUUGAAUGGACCUGACUGAAUAAGCCAGUGUGAGAAACAACUGGUAUUCAGUCACUGCAUGUUUAAAAAGACUUGGUGCUUAAUUCAAAAUUAAGACAAUAGACGCUUAGCUGCUGUUCUGCUUAGAACUCUUUGUAAUUAAAUAUUUCAAUUCAUAAUUCUUCUAACUGUUGCAAUAGCUGGAACUUUUUAGUGCAACAAGUGGUUACUAGAGAAGUGGAUCACAAAGAAACAAAGAUGAGUAAGAGCAAAGAUGAUGCUCCUCACGAACUAGAGAGCCAGUUUAUCUUACGUCUACCUCCGGAAUACGCGUCUACUGUGAGGCGCGCAGUACAGUCCGGCCAUGUGAACUUGAAGGACAGACUGACAAUUGAGUUACAUCCUGAUGGGCGGCAUGGAAUUGUCAGAGUGGACCGGGUCCCACUGGCCUCCAAAUUGGUAGAUCUGCCAUGUGUUAUGGAAAGUUUGAAAACCAUUGAUAAAAAAACCUUUUACAAGACAGCUGAUAUCUGUCAGAUGCUUGUAUCCACAGUUGAUGGUGAUCUGUAUCCUCCAGUGGAGGAACCAGUUGCUGCUGCUGAUCCCAAAGCAAGCAAAAAGAAGGAUAAGGACAAAGAGAAAAAGUUUAUAUGGAACCAUGGAAUCACUCUACCUCUAAAAAAUGUAAGAAAGAGAAGGUUCCGGAAGACAGCAAAGAAGAAGUACAUUGAAUCUCCAGAUGUGGAAAAAGAAGUGAAACGUCUGCUGAGUACAGAUGCUGAAGCUGUCAGUACUCGUUGGGAAAUAAUUGCUGAGGAUGAAACAAAAGAAACAGAAAAUCAAGGCCUUGAUAUCUCUUCUCCAGGAAUGUCAGGCCAUAGGCAGGGCCAUGACUCAUUAGAACAUGAUGAGCUUCGGGAGAUAUUCAAUGACCUCAGCAGCAGCAGUGAAGAUGAAGAUGAGACACAGCAUCAAGAUGAAGAAGACAUAAACAUCAUUGACACCGAGGAAGAUCUGGAAAGACAGCUAAGGGACAAGCUAAGUGCAUCAGAUGAACAGCACCAAGAAAAUGAGGGAACCAAUCAGCUGGUUAUCGGAAUUCAGAAACAGAUUGAUAACAUGAAAGGCAAGCUCCAAGAGACCCAGGACAGGGCAAAACGACAGGAAGAUCUCAUCAUGAAAGUGGAAAACCUGGCGCUCAAGAACAGAUUUCAGGCUGUGCUGGAUGAACUCAAACAAAAGGAAGACCGAGAAAAGGAGCAGCUCAGCUCUCUGCAAGAAGAGCUAGAAUCACUGCUAGAGAAGUAAGAAGAGCUUUGAUACUUAAUUUCAUUUCUUAAAGUGGUCAGCAUUAGAAGAAAACUUUAGGCUUCACCACCAGGACUAGAGGACUAGAUAUAACUUUGCAGUAAUUUCCAUUUUCUCUGCUGCCUUCAAUUGAAUUUGUCUUAUAGACAAAUAUAAAUGUGAUUUUCUAUCUCUUUUGUCUCAGAACCACUUUGCUAGGUGUUUAUCCUGUAGGAAGUAGAAAUGUGUAGACAGAUAAUGAUUGUAGGAAAGUUAUAGAAUUAGUGGAAUAAACAGUUCAAGCUUAAUGAUCACAACUUCACUUCAGGACUUUGCUGCUGUUUUUCCAUUUGCCAGAAGCUGCUAUUGCUAGUUUGUGAUGCCAUCUAAUAUCAGUAAUAGUCUAAAAGCAGUUAAACUAGUUUUUAUGUUUUCCAUGCAGUAGCUAUUUUCCUAGCUACUCAGUUUUCUACAAGUAGAGUUGUAAAUCAUUUCAUACAGUUGUUUUAACACAAUAAAUAUAACUAGUUUUCACUUCA